AGAAAUGAUGUUUUAUAGGAAAAUCAUGUUAAGGAAGAAUAAAGAAAUGAUGUUUUACAGGAAGAUAAUGUUAAGGAAGAAUAAAGAAAUGAUGUUUUACAGGAAGAUAAUGUUAAGGAAGAAUAAAGAAAUGAUGUUUGACAGGAAGAUAAUGUUAAGGAAGAAUAAAGAAAUGAUGUUUUACAGGAAGAUAAUGUUAAGGAAGAAUAAAGAAAUGAUGUUUGACAGGAAGAUCAUGUUAAGGAAGAAUAAAGAAAUGAUGUUUGACAGGAAGAUAAUGUUAAGGAAGAAUAAAGAAAUGAUGUUUGACAGGAAGAUAAUGUUAAGGAAGAAUAAAGAAAUGAUGUUUGACAGGAAGAUAAUGUUAAGGAAGAAUAAAGAAAUGAUGUUUUACAGGAAGAUCAUGUUAAGGAAGAAUAAAGAAAUGAUGUUUGACAGGAAGAUAAUGUUAAGGAAGAAUAAAGAAAUGAUGUUUGACAGGAAGAUAAUGUUAAGGAAGAAUAAAGAAAUGAUGUUUGACAGGAAGAUAAUGUUAAGGAAGAAUAAAGAAAUGAUGUUUGACAGGAAGAUAAUGUUAAGGAAGAAUAAAGAAAUGAUGUUUGACAGGAAGAUAAUGUUAAGGAAGAAUAAAGAAAUGAUGUUUGACAGGAAGAUAAUGUUAAGGAAGAAUAAAGAAAUGAUGUUUGACAGGAAGAUAAUGUUAAGGAAGAAUAAAGAAAUGAUGUUUUACAGGAAGAUAAUGUUAAGGAAGAAUAAAGAAAUGAUGUUUUACAGGAAGAUCAUGUUAAGGAAGAAUAAAGAAAUGAUGUUUGACAGGAAGAUAAUGUUAAGGAAGAAUAAAGAAAUGAUGUUUUACAGGAAGAUAAUGUUAAGGAAGAAUAAAGAAAUGAUGUUUGACAGGAAGAUAAUGUUAAGGAAGAAUAAAGAAAUGAUGUUUGACAGGAAGAUAAUGUUAAGGAAGAAUAAAGAAAUGAUGUUUGACAGGAAGAUAAUGUUAAGGAAGAAUAAAGAAAUGAUGUUUGACAGGAAGAUAAUGUUAAGGAAGAAUAAAGAAAUGAUGUUUUACAGGAAGAUAAUGUUAAGGAAGAAUAAAGAAAUGAUGUUUUACAGGAAGAUAAUGUUAAGGAAGAAUAAAGAAAUGAUGUUUUACAGGAAGAUAAUGUUAAGGAAGAAUAAAGAAAUGAUGUUUGACAGGAAGAUAAUGUUAAGGAAGAAUAAAGAAAUGAUGUUUGACAGGAAGAUAAUGUUAAGGAAGAAUAAAGAAAUGAUGUUUUACAGGAAGAUAAUGUUAAGGAAGAAUAAAGAAAUGAUGUUUUACAGGAAGAUCAUGUUAAGGAAGAAUAAAGAAAUGAUGUUUUACAGGAAGAUCAUGUUAAGGAAGAAUAAAGAAAUGAUGUUUGACAGGAAGAUAAUGUUAAGGAAGAAUAAAGAAAUGAUGUUUUACAGGAAGAUCAUGUUAAGGAAGAAUAAAGAAAUGAUGUUUUACAGGAAGAUCAUGUUAAGGAAGAAUAAAGAAAUGAUGUUUUACAGGAAGAUCAUGUUAAGGAAGAAUAAAGAAAUGAUGUUUGACAGGAAGAUCAUGUUAAGGAAGAAUAAAGAAAUGAUGUUUUACAGGAAGAUAAUGUUAAGGAAGAAUAAAGAAAUGAUGUUUGACAGGAAGAUAAUGUUAAGGAAGAAUAAAGAAAUGAUGUUUGACAGGAAGAUAAUGUUAAGGAAGAAUAAAGAAAUGAUGUUUGACAGGAAGAUAAUGUUAAGGAAGAAUAAAGAAAUGAUGUUUGACAGGAAGAUAAUGUUAAGGAAGAAUAAAGAAAUGAUGUUUGACAGGAAGAUAAUGUUAAGGAAGAAUAAAGAAAUGAUGUUUGACAGGAAGAUAAUGUUAAGGAAGAAUAAAGAAAUGAUGUUUGACAGGAAGAUAAUGUUAAGGAAGAAUAAAGAAAUGAUGUUUGACAGGAAGAUAAUGUUAAGGAAGAAUAAAGAAAUGAUGUUUGACAGGAAGAUAAUGUUAAGGAAGAAUAAAGAAAUGAUGUUUGACAGGAAGAUAAUGUUAAGGAAGAAUAAAGAAAUGAUGUUUGACAGGAAGAUAAUGUUAAGGAAGAAUAAAGAAAUGAUGUUUGACAGGAAGAUAAUGUUAAGGAAGAAUAAAGAAAUGAUGUUUGACAGGAAGAUAAUGUUAAGGAAGAAUAAAGAAAUGAUGUUUGACAGGAAGAUAAUGUUAAGGAAGAAUAAAGAAAUGAUGUUUGACAGGAAGAUCAUGUUAAGGAAGAAUAAAGAAAUGAUGUUUGACAGGAAGAUAAUGUUAAGGAAGAAUAAAGAAAUGAUGUUUGACAGGAAGAUAAUGUUAAGGAAGAAUAAAGAAAUGAUGUUUGACAGGAAGAUAAUGUUAAGGAAGAAUAAAGAAAUGAUGUUUGACAGGAAGAUAAUGUUAAGGAAGAAUAAAGAAAUGAUGUUUGACAGGAAGAUAAUGUUAAGGAAGAAUAAAGAAAUGAUGUUUGACAGGAAGAUCAUGUUAAGGAAGAAUAAAGAAAUGAUGUUUGACAGGAAGAUAAUGUUAAGGAAGAAUAAAGAAAUGAUGUUUGACAGGAAGAUAAUGUUAAGGAAGAAUAAAGAAAUGAUGUUUUACAGGAAGAUAAUGUUAAGGAAGAAUAAAGAAAUGAUGUUUGACAGGAAGAUAAUGUUAAGGAAGAAUAAAGAAAUGAUGUUUGACAGGAAGAUAAUGUUAAGGAAGAAUAAAGAAAUGAUGUUUGACAGGAAGAUAAUGUUAAGGAAGAAUAAAGAAAUGAUGUUUGACAGGAAGAUCAUGUUAAGGAAGAAUAAAGAAAUGAUGUUUUACAGGAAGAUCAUGUUAAGGAAGAAUAAAGAAAUGAUGUUUGACAGGAAGAUAAUGUUAAGGAAGAAUAAAGAAAUGAUGUUUGACAGGAAGAUCAUGUUAAGGAAGAAUAAAGAAAUGAUGUUUGACAGGAAGAUCAUGUUAAGGAAGAAUAAAGAAAUGAUGUUUGACAGGAAGAUCAUGUUAAGGAAGAAUAAAGAAAUGAUGUUUUACAGGAAGAUCAUGUUAAGGAAGAAUAAAGAAAGGAUGUUUUACAGGAAGAUCAUGUUAAGGAAGAAUAAAGAAAGGAUGUUUUACAGGAAGAUCAUGUUAAGGAAGAAUAAAGAAAGGAUGUUUUACAGGAAGAUCAUGUUAAGGAAGAAUAAAGAAAUGAUGUUUUACAGGAAGAUCAUGUUAAGGAAGAAUAAAGAAAUGAUGUUUGACAGGAAGAUCAUGUUAAGGAAGAAUAAAGAAAUGAUGUUUGACAGGAAGAUAAUGUUAAGGAAGAAUAAAGAAAUGAUGUUUUACAGGAAGAUAAUGUUAAGGAAGAAUAAAGAAAUGAUGUUUGACAGGAAGAUAAUGUUAAGGAAGAAUAAAGAAAUGAUGUUUGACAGGAAGAUAAUGUUAAGGAAGAAUAAAGAAAUGAUGUUUUACAGGAAGAUAAUGUUAAGGAAGAAUAAAGAAAUGAUGUUUGACAGGAAGAUAAUGUUAAGGAAGAAUAAAGAAAUGAUGUUUGACAGGAAGAUAAUGUUAAGGAAGAAUAAAGAAAUGAUGUUUGACAGGAAGAUAAUGUUAAGGAAGAAUAAAGAAAUGAUGUUUGACAGGAAGAUAAUGUUAAGGAAGAAUAAAGAAAUGAUGUUUUACAGGAAGAUAAUGUUAAGGAAGAAUAAAGAAAUGAUGUUUGACAGGAAGAUAAUGUUAAGGAAGAAUAAAGAAAUGAUGUUUGACAGGAAGAUAAUGUUAAGGAAGAAUAAAGAAAUGAUGUUUGACAGGAAGAUCAUGUUAAGGAAGAAUAAAGAAAUGAUGUUUGACAGGAAGAUCAUGUUAAGGAAGAAUAAAGAAAUGAUGUUUGACAGGAAGAUAAUGUUAAGGAAGAAUAAAGAAAUGAUGUUUGACAGGAAGAUAAUGUUAAGGAAGAAUAAAGAAAUGAUGUUUUACAGGAAGAUAAUGUUAAGGAAGAAUAAAGAAAUGAUGUUUGACAGGAAGAUAAUGUUAAGGAAGAAUAAAGAAAUUAUGUUUUACAGGAAGAUAAUGUUAAGGAAGAAUAAAGAAAUGAUGUUUGACAGGAAGAUCAUGUUAAGGAAGAAUAAAGAAAUGAUGUUUGACAGGAAGAUAAUGUUAAGGAAGAAUAAAGAAAUGAUGUUUGACAGGAAGAUCAUGUUAAGGAAGAAUAAAGAAAUGAUGUUUUACAGGAAGAUAAUGUUAAGGAAGAAUAAAGAAAUGAUGUUUGACAGGAAGAUAAUGUUAAGGAAGAAUAAAGAAAUGAUGUUUGACAGGAAGAUAAUGUUAAGGAAGAAUAAAGAAAUGAUGUUUUACAGGAAGAUAAUGUUAAGGAAGAAUAAAGAAAUGAUGUUUGACAGGAAGAUAAUGUUAAGGAAGAAUAAAGAAAUGAUGUUUGACAGGAAGAUAAUGUUAAGGAAGAAUAAAGAAAUGAUGUUUGACAGGAAGAUAAUGUUAAGGAAGAAUAAAGAAAUUAUGUUUUACAGGAAGAUAAUGUUAAGGAAGAAUAAAGAAAUGAUGUUUGACAGGAAGAUAAUGUUAAGGAAGAAUAAAGAAAUGAUGUUUGCCAGGAAGAUCAUGUUAAGGAAGAAUAAAGAAAUGAUGUUUGACAGGAAGAUCAUGUUAAGGAAGAAUAAAGAAAUGAUGUUUGACAGGAAGAUAAUGUUAAGGAAGAAUAAAGAAAUGAUGUUUGACAGGAAGAUAAUGUUAAGGAAGAAUAAAGAAAUGAUGUUUUACAGGAAGAUAAUGUUAAGGAAGAAUAAAGAAAUGAUGUUUGACAGGAAGAUAAUGUUAAGGAAGAAUAAAGAAAUGAUGUUUGACAGGAAGAUAAUGUUAAGGAAGAAUAAAGAAAUGAUGUUUUACAGGAAGAUAAUGUUAAGGAAGAAUAAAGAAAUGAUGUUUGACAGGAAGAUAAUGUUAAGGAAGAAUAAAGAAAUGAUGUUUUACAGGAAGAUAAUGUUAAGGAGGAAUAAAGAAAGGAUGUUUUACAGGAAGAUAAUGUUAAGGAAGAAUAAAGAAAUGAUGUUUUACAGGAAGAUAAUGUUAAGGAAGAAUAAAGAAAUGAUGUUUUACAGGAAGAUAAUGUUAAGGACGAAUAAAGAAAUGAUGUUUUACUGAGAUAAGAAUGAUUUU